AUGUCCGCAGACUUAUUUGCAGAGUUUGGGCAGGGUCCCGCCCCGACUCAAAGCACUUUAGGCAGACCACAGACGACCAAGCAACCACAGCCACAAGCAAACCCAUUGAUUGACGAUUUUGAUCAAUCUGAUGAUUUAUUUUUCGCUGGACCCACGAAUUCUCAGUCGGGCGUGAAUCAACAAUUCAGUUCAAGCUCAGCCUCUGGCCAAUACGUCACUCAGGCACCAGCCGUCCAACAACAAGUGCCAAGCUUGCCAGCAUUCAAUCUGCCUCGGCAAAAUAAUAGCGAUGUAUUGUUUGAUGCUACAGAAGAAAUCCCUGCAAGUGACACGGAAGACGACUGGGGUGAUUUUGAGGGACCAGAUGUCAGCAAUGCGCGGUCAUAUCAGUCACAGUAUUCAACGCCCGUCGCUCCAGAAACCAAAGUCUCCAAACCACCACCAAAAGUCCAGCAAGUGACAGACACGUUUGACUUGCUUGACUCACUGUCAAUCGAAGACGUGACCUCAUCUGCAAAUAAGUCUCCUAGAAGCUUUGAAAGCAAGCCGCCUAUAGAAACCACUCCAAUCCAACAUGGGAAGACGACUCAUUUGGGGACUGGGGGGGAAUUCACGGAUGCACCUUCCACGAAACAAAGUGCUCCAGCCCCAGCUUCUAAAGCGACCCCUGAAUCAGUCCCAAAAGCAAAGCCGAAGUCAAAAUCCCCCUUGAAGAAGAAAGCAACUACAACAAGGCCCGCGCCUCAACAACCAGGUUGGGACGACAAGGCCUUUGAUGACUGGGGUGACUUCAAUGACGGGCCAUUGUCGACCCCAGCGCCAGCACCAGCACCAGCACCCACAAGACAAAAAUCAACACCGACAAGCCCACCCCCAGCAAGUUUCACGUCAGGAAACACCGCCCCAUCUUCAACCGUCCGACCAACCAACAUCCCCCCCACCAUCCAACUCCUCGUCGAACUAAUGAACAACCUCCAAAAAGAAGUCGCAACAACCAGCAGUAAAACAGCCCGCCAACCCCCUACCACCGCACAAAGCACCAGCGCUUCCAAAAUUCACACAAUAACCUCAACAGCAGCCCGCAUCAUAGCCGGCCGCCACCUCCGCUGGAAACGCGAUACAAUCUUAAGCCAAAGCAUGCGCAUCGGACCCGCCCGCGCCGGCAAAUCAAGCGGCAUGAAACUAAAUGCUGUAAAUAAACACGAAGACGUCAAGGAAGAGCAAGAUGCCGUUGAUGUCCUGGCUCUUUGGCGUGAGCGUGCGGCGCUCUUCAACGCUGUGGUCCAGAGCGCUGGCCUUCGGCCCAUUCCCACUGUGGCCGGGCCGGCGGCUUUAAAAGUUAUUACUGCGAAGUCGGGGCAGGGGGCGUUGAAGGCUGCGCAUGCUUGUGCGCUUUGUGCGCUUAAGAGGGAUGAGAGAGUUCUUAGGGUUGAUGAGGAGGAUGUGCAGGAUAGUUUUGGGGAGUGGUGGACGGAUCAUUGGGGGCAUACGGGGUGUCGGUUGUUCUGGGAGGCGAAUCAUGGAAUGCUUGGGCAGAGAUGA